AUGGCUUGGAGGCUUGUGUGCGAAGAGAUGUCGGAAAAGUUUGGACGACAGUAUGAUAGCAAGCUACUUCAGAAAUGUUUUAAAAAUUUGAGAGAUACUUACGUCCAUAAAAGGAGGGAAUAUGAAGAUGUCAUUCGAAAAAGAAUAGGUCUCGAGUCUGGCAUACUUGAAAAAAUCACAUCUUGGCCGUUCUUCGCAAACCUACGUUUCAUCGAUCCACCAGUUGACGAUGAAGAAAUCGUUGAAGUGGUAGAAGAGCUGGACAGUAUUGAACCGAAGAGAAAGUUUGUACAGAAGCGCGAAUGUGCCAUCGCCAUCUCGAAACCGAAAACCGCCCUGGUGCCUUCCAGCAAAAAGUUAGAGAGAAAGACUAAAGAAAAAGAUACUGUGGACCAAAUAACAUCCGUUCUGGAGAAUUUAGAAACGCCAGAUAGAUUUGAAUCAACUGGGCAAGCACUGUCGGCCAAGCUCCGUGAAAUCAUAGACUGGAUAAACUCACUGCUGAGGAGUAUUUCAUCAAACUUGAUGAGAUACAGGUGCAGAUGUCUCGUUCCAUUUAUGACCUCCAAAGGGCAAGAGCGGAAUGACCUAGCAUAG